AUGAAGGCAGAGGCGCAGGAGGUGAGUCGCUGCAAUGGAAUGCAACCCCCCCAGGCCCCAACCCAGCAGUGUGAAAAGUCCCAUCUGGGAGGAGAGCUGAGGACCCCGAGUGACCGCUCAGCUGGACCUGAAUGCAGAGGCGGAUGCUGGCGGUGCAGUGAGCACGGCCUGGCAGCGGGAGCAGUGCAGACCCCGUGUGCCCAUGGAGCUGCCAGCCGAGGGGGUACCUCCCCAGCCCCACCUGCCAGGCUGGGAGAGGCCAGAGGCCUAGGCGCGCAGCCGUGGGUGUUGGCAGACAAAUGCUCCCCAGGCCGUGGGGUUUCCUGCCUGGACCGCUGGGUGGGUGUGCCAAGGCGGAGGAUGCCAGCCAAGGGGCGCUACUUCCUCAACGAGGGCGAGGAGGGCCCUGACCAGGAUGCGCUCUACGAGAAGUACCGCCUCACCAGCCAGCACGGGCCACUCCUGCUCAUGCUCCUGUUGGUGGCCAUCGCUGCCUGCACCACUCUCAUCAUCAUCACCUUCAGCUAUGGGGACCCCUCCAGACACCGGGCCGUCCUGGGGACGGCGUUCUUCACACUCGCUGUGUUUGUGGUCCUCUAUGCCCUGGUGUACGUUGAGUGCCUCGACCGGCGGGGGCUCAGGGUCUCGGCGCUGCUCACCUGGGCCUGCCUUGUGAUGCUGGGCUACGUGCUGGUGUUUGAUUUUGACUUGCCGAGGAAGGACAUCUCUGCCUUGGAGCAGGCGCCCUUCUUUCUGUUCGUGGUCUUCGUGGUGUACACGCUGCUGCCCUUCAGCACGUUGGGGGCUGUCGUGGCCGGACUCGUCUCCAGCACCUCCCACCUCCUGGUGCUCGCCAGUCUGAUGGAAGCCUUCACCAACCCCAGUGUCCGUGUGGGGCUGCAGCUGCUGGCCACUGCGGUGGUCUUCCUGUGCGGGAACCUCAUGGGCGCCUUCCACAAGCACCACAUGCAGGACGCCUCCCACGACCUCUUCACCUACACCGUGAAGUGCAUCCAGAUUCGGCGUAAGCUGCGCAUCGAGAAGCGCCAACAGGAGAACCUCCUGCUGUCCGUGCUGCCUGCCCACAUCUCCAUGGGCAUGAAGCUGGCCAUCAUCGAGCGGCUCAAGGAGCGUGGGGACCGCCGUUACCUGCCCGACAACAACUUCCACAACCUCUACGUCAAGAGGCACCAGAAUGUUAGCAUCCUCUAUGCUGACAUCGUGGGCUUCACGCGGCUGGCCAGUGACUGCUCCCCCAAAGAGCUGGUGGUGGUGCUGAAUGAGCUCUUCGGCAAGUUUGACCAGAUCGCCAAGGCCAACGAGUGCAUGCGGAUUAAGAUCCUGGGCGACUGCUACUACUGCGUGUCCGGCUUGCCCGUGUCCCUGCCCAACCACGCCCGCAACUGUGUGAAGAUGGGGCUGGACAUGUGUGAGGCCAUCAAGCAGGUGCGGGAGGCCACAGGCGUGGACAUCAGCAUGCGUGUGGGCAUCCACUCGGGGAACGUGCUGUGCGGUGUCAUCGGGCUGCGCAAGUGGCAGUACGACGUGUGGUCCCACGACGUGUCCCUGGCCAACAGGAUGGAGGCAGCCGGAGUCCCCGGCCGGGUGCACAUCACAGAGGCGACGCUGAAGCACCUGGACAAGGCGUACGAGGUGGAGGACGGGCAUGGGCAGCAGCGGGACCCGUACCUCAAAGAGAUGAACAUCCGCACCUACCUGGUCAUCGACCCCCGGAGCCAGCAGCCGCCCCAGCCCAGCCAGCACAACCCCAAGAACAAGGGGGACGCGGCCCUGAAGAUGCGGGCAUCUGUGCGAAUGACGCGCUACCUGGAGUCCUGGGGGGCGGCUCGCCCCUUCGCGCACCUCAACCAACGCGAGAGCGUGAGCAGCAGUGAGACCCUUGUGUCCCACGGGCGGAGGCCCAAGGCUGUUCCCCUGCGGCGCCACCGGACCCCUGACAGAAGCACGUCCUCCAAGGGGCGCUCAGAGGAUGACUCAUACGAUGAUGAAAUGUUGUCAGCCAUCGAGGGGCUCAGCUCUACCAGACCCUGCUGCUCCAAGUCUGAUGACUUCUCCACCUUUGGGUCCAUCUUCCUGGAGAAGGGCUUCGAGCGAGAGUACCGCCUGGCGCCCAUCCCCCGGGUCCGCUACUACUUCGCUUGUGCCAGCCUCGUCUUCGUCUGCAUCCUGCUCGUACACGUCUUGCUGUUGUCCAGGACGAAGACUCUGGCCGUGUCCUUUGGGCUGGUGGCCUGCAUGCUGGGGCUGGUGCUCGUCUUGUGCUUCGCCGAUGAGUUCUUGAGGUGCUGCCCGGCCCGGGGGAUGCUGCGAGCCAUCGCUGAGAGCGUGGAGACGCAGCCCUUGCUUCGGGUGUCCCUGGCCAUCCUGACCAUCGGCAGCCUGCUGGUCAUCGCCGUCAUCAACCUGCCGCUGAUGACCUGCCCGGACCGGGGGCUGUUUGUCGGGAACGAGACAGGCCUGAGCGCUGUGAGCAGCUGGCAGAGGACCCCGUGCUGGCUCCUCCCGUGUUACACCUGCAGCUGCAUCCUGGCCUUCAUCGCCUGCUCUGUCUUCCUGCGGAUGAGCCUGGAGCUGAAGGUCGUGCUGCUGACUGUGGCCUUGGUGGCCUACCUGGUCCUCUUCAACGUCUCCCCGAGCUGGCAGUGGGACUGCUGUGACCACAGCCUGGGCAACCUCACCGGGACCAACGGCACCCUCAGCGGCUCCUCCUCCUGUUCGUGGCAUCUGAAGACGAUGAUCAAUUUCUACCUGGUCUUGUUCUACACCACCCUCAUCAUGCUCUCCAGACAGAUUGACUACUACUGCCGCCUGGACUGUCUGUGGAAGAAGAAGUUCAAGAAGGAACAUGAGGAGUUUGAAACCAUGGAGAACGUGAACCGCCUUCUUCUAGAGAAUGUCCUGCCUGCGCACGUGGCCGCCCACUUCAUCGGUGACAAGUUAAAUGAGGACUGGUACCAUCAGUCCUACGACUGCGUCUGUGUCAUGUUUGCGUCGGUGCCGGACUUCAAAGUGUUCUACACGGAGUGCGAUGUCAACAAGGAAGGGCUGGAGUGCCUGCGCCUGCUCAACGAGAUCAUCGCCGACUUUGACGAGCUGCUGUUAAAGCCCAAGUUCAGUGGUGUGGAGAAGAUCAAGACCAUCGGCAGCACGUACAUGGCCGCUGCAGGGCUCAGCAUCCCCUCAGGGCCUGAGAACCAGGACCUGGAGCGGCAGCACGCCCACAUCGGCAUCAUGGUGGAGUUCAGCACUGCCCUGAUGAGCAAGCUGGACGGCAUCAAUCGGCACUCCUUCAACUCCUUUCGCCUCCGAGUCGGCAUAAACCACGGGCCUGUGAUUGCUGGAGUGAUCGGGGCACGAAAACCUCAGUACGACAUCUGGGGAAACACGGUCAAUGUUGCCAGUCGAAUGGAGAGCACUGGAGAACUUGGAAAAAUCCAGGUUACUGAAGAGACGUGUACCAUCCUCCAGGGACUAGGGUAUUCCUGUGAGUGCCGCGGGCUGAUCAACGUCAAAGGCAAAGGUGAACUGAGGACUUACUUUGUCUGUACGGAUACUGCCAAGUUCCAAGGGCUGGGGCUGAACUGA